CAGUAAGGUAGGAUUUCUUGCGUUUAUGGCUAUGGUUAUUGAAUUGUACUGCACUGGUGGUUCGUAAGCCCCUGUAAAAAUGUGGUAGUGACAGCAGCAGAGACAUUUUGGGGUGUAAGAGUUUAUUUUUUAUAGAAGAUCUACAGGGGGUUUUAAGAGAAGGGGCUCCAUCCUUCCCAGGCUGGAGUAGGAUCUGGUUGGGGUGGUGUGUUUUUGGGGUAUAGUGGUAAAUAUGUGUAGGGUUAGAUGGAGGUGAGAUUUAAAAAAAUAAUAAUAAUAUUUCCACUUUUUCCUGUCACUGUGCAAUUCACACUCCAACCUGUGAAAGGCAGCAAUACGUAACAAAGCAAUUCUGCUGGAAACUCACAAGAAGAAGUAAACGGAAGUGAAUAAGAACAAUUUCCACGUUAGCAUUUUUAUUUCAUGUUAAAAUAUGACUAAUUUACAUGCACAGCGUCACAUACUUAACCCAUAUAGUGUUUAAUUCACGUUGGAGACAGAUAACAUAUCAACCAAGUCCUAUGUAUGUAACGCAGACUAACUAGCUGCUAACAAUGGCUAACUGUAUGGUUUUUCACACUCAAAUAGCCUCCAUUAUGGAGGUGCUAGCGAAUGCAGCCGUGGCAGAGAUCUGUAAACUCGUAGACGACGACUAUGCAGUGUUUCGUUUAGAAAUAACUCAAAGCCAGAAAGAAAACAGGGCAUUACGGAGGAAACUACUGGAACUGAAGGUGGCACGGGAACGCGUAAUCGCCAGUCGUCCCAGUAGUAGCAAAAUCCUCGACCGAUACAGAGGAAUGGCAAAAGGUGAAGGACAUCUCACUGGAGGCCACAGGGGCUUUGUGAAGCCAGUGGGACACAAUACAUGGAGAGAUGACCAACCAAUCACUGUUGAUGAGGGGAGUGGAACCUCCAACGAGCACGUUAUCAUGAUAGAGUUUGCAGAUGCAGAGGCUGUAGUUUCUGGGGUCAAGCAGGAGAGGUCUGAAGGAGAGGAGGACCCACGACACAGCAGAGACAUCCAGACUGGAGCGACAGGAGCGCCCCCUGUAGCCAUGGCAAACCCCACCACCGUGCAACCCAGGACCAGACGCAGCGUCACGGAGGUCAAUGGAACACUGAACAACGUCCUCAAGUCAGAGACUGACACAGAGACUUUAACUGUAACAAAAAGGCUUUUACACACAGGAUCUGACCACAGGUCAGACCCAGAGAGUCUGGGACUGGGGAGACUGGGCUGUCCUCCUGCUCCCGACUCAAAGUAUUUACUUUACGGUAACCUAAGCCCGAGGACAAUUCAAUCCCAUCGGGACUCCGGUGACGUGUUAGAGACUGGCAAUGAUCCAUCUUGUUCUUACACUACAGAGAUGGACCCUGACAACAUGCCCUUGGGUUUAGAGACACAGACGGAUCUGUCUAGAGGGGACUGGAACCAGUACAGUAGUAGUGUAUACUCUGAAGGGUGCCUAGAUAAGAAAGGUGAGGGUUUAGUUUUAGAUGAAGUGACUGUGAAAGUGGAGGGCGACAUUCCUCCCACAUGGAAUGCAGAUAUUCACUUAGGAGACGGACACUCACAGGGCAGAGAUUUCUUAGAUUACAGGGGAAGCUUAAAGACUAAUCCAAAUGUUGCAACCCACUCCCCUUUAAACGAGCUCCAGGAUCAUAACCCAGUGUCCACAUCUAUGGGACCUUCAGAUUCACACGGCCGCAUCCUUUUCGAUCAGGUAUUGAACUCAAACGACAGGGCUAGAGUCCAGGCUCAGGGUGGGCGAGCCACAUCAGGUAUUAGUAAAGAGAAACGGUUCCUCUGCAUGUUCUGUAACAAAGGCUUCAGCUGCCUCCAGAAGGUGGAGAUCCACCAGAGGGUCCACACAGGGGAGAAACCCUUCAGCUGUACCCAAUGUCAUAUGUGCUUCGCCCAGGCUUGUGACCUGAAGAGGCACCAGAGGGUCCACACAGGGGAGAAACCCUUCGGCUGUACCCAGUGUCACAUGCGCUUUGCUGAGGCUGGAAACCUGAAGCGGCACCAGAGGGUCCACACAGGGGUGAAACCCUUCAGCUGUACCGAGUGUCAUAUGCGCUUCGCCCAGGCUGGUGACCUGAAGAGGCACCAAAGGGUCCACACGGGAGAGAGGCCAUUUGCCUGUAAUCACUGCGGGAAGAGGUUCUCUGAGAGGAGAUACCUAAGGAUACACCAGCAGAAACACCAUUCCACUCUAUAACAUAAAAGUAACCAUUCCACUCGAUAGCUACCUGGCUAGCUAAGUAAACAGCUGAAACGAUCUAGCUAGCUGUAAAGUUUACAUGUAUCCCCACUAGCUGGCUACUAGACGACCAAUAUAACAUUUGGGCCUAAAGCUUUUUGUAGGGACCCAAGGAAAGCAAUUCUUGCCUGUAUCAGUGAUGGACACUAGUUAUAAUGUAGACCAAUACUUUUAUAGCUAACUACUAAUACAACAGCCUAAUUUAUUGCACAUUGUUUUGAUAAACUGGUUAGAAUAUGGUCAAAUCAUAAUCUGUACCAAAUGGAUUGCCUAUCAAUUAGGGCUGGGCGAUUAUAUCAAAUUAAUUUGAUUAAUUCGAAUGAAUUAACGCCCUAACAAUGGGAGUCUUUGUCCCAAAUGGGGGAAAUGCAGGGGGAUAAGUUUAGGUUCAAAAUAAGCUCAUAGAAACCCAUUGGGCUUAUUUUGGAUAGAUUAUGGUGAUAGUGAAACCUCGACCUUUGCCUCUUUCUCCCAAGCCCCUCCCCUACCACGCAACAAUAAAGAAGAGGUCACUUCUUCCUCUCUGACGAAUAGAUUCAAUUCGCUAUUUGCAUUUGGUCCAACAGAAUCGGUCAUAUGGACAUCGCAACACAUGGAGACUUUGUUUUACUGUAAUAGAGAAGUUAACCUUUUGAACCCUGUUUAUGUUUCAGCUGCUCAAAUUUUGAGCAGAGUAAGCACUGCUAAAACGGAUGCACCAAUGAACAUUCAUUCUGGAAAAUGUAUGCUCAGUUUGUCGUGCACAUAUUACGGUACCACGUACCGCUAGCAGCAUUUUUGUCAAAUAAAGAUUGUUAUACUA